AUGAGGAUUCGGAUAAUCUCCUUAUUUGAAGAUUUCACUAAAUGUUGCAAGGACUCUGCAAUCCUUAUGGUAGUAAAAUGCCGCAAAGAAAAUUCUGCAUUGAAAGAAUGUCUAACUGCUUACUAUAAUGAUCCAGCCUUUUAUGAAGAAUGCAAAAUGGAAUACCUGAAGGAAAGGGAAGAAUUCAGAAAAACUGGAAUUCCUACCAAGAAAAGGCUGCAGAAGCUUCCCACAAGCAUGUAGGCAAAUAUUCAAAUGAUACUCAGUAAUGCCAAUGUUCAUGGAAAUCACAGUCACCUGAAAUGAUGGACUCAAAGAAGUGUUUGCUUUAUCUUUAAUUAUGGAAAUAAUUUUAUCUGAAAUAAAGAUUUUUUUUAAACUUAAAAAAAAAAAA